GUUUAGUCUCCACGCCCAGCUCCUCGCGCUCCGCUCGUCCACCCUGCUCGCCUGUGUGGCUGUAGGAAGUCGGAGGGCGAUGGGCUGAUCCACAGAUCGGCGGCAGGUUCGCUCCAAACUCGCAGAAAGAACACAAACUCGGCCUCCCCCUCCCUGACCACCUGCCUUGUGCUGCAUCCGCCGGGCCGCAGUAGAAGACACAAGACUUCGGAAGAUGCCCUACGUGGACCGGCAGAACCGCAUCUGUGGCUUCCUGGACAUCGAGGAGAAUGAGAACAGCGGCAAGUUCCUGCGCCGCUACUUCAUCCUGGACACGCAGGAGGGCAGCCUGGUGUGGUAUAUGGACAACCCACAGAACCUCCCUCCAGGAACAGAAUGCGUUGGCUCCCUCAAGCUCACCUACAUUUCCAAGGUCAGUGAUGCCACCAAGCAAAGGCCAAAGGCUGAAUUUUGCUUUGUCAUCAACGCUGGCAUGAGGAAAUUCUUCCUGCAGGCCGACGACCAGCAGGACCUGGUGGAGUGGGUGAAUGUGCUGAACAAGGCCACCAAAAUCACAGUGCCAAAGUCUUGUGAUGCUCAGCAGAACUCUGAGAAUCAGAAGGCCCUCUUGGAUGUUCUGGGUGCCAAGAAGCAGGUGUCAUACAGGACUGAGAUCAUAGGGGGUGUCCCUAUCGUCACCCAGACACAGCAGGAGGGGGGUGAUGGGCAGAAUGGGACGGAUCAUGAGGGUCUGAAGAGGUCUCACAGCCAGCUCCCAUACUUCCUGGGCAAGUCAGCGCAGGAUAACUCGAUCAUCAAGGCGGGCUACUGCGUGAAGCAAGGGGCUGUGAUGAAGAACUGGAAGAGAAGAUAUUUUGUGCUGGAUGAAAAUUCAAUGAGUUACUUCAAGUCGGAUUUGGAGAAGGACCCCCUGCGUGUUAUCCCGCUGAAGGAAGUCCACAAAGUUCAGGAGUGCAAGCAAAGCGACAUACUGAUGAGGGACAACCUAUUUGAAGUUGUUACCACUUCUAGGACCUUUUAUAUACAGGCGGAAAGCCCAGAGGACAUGCACAGCUGGAUCAAGGCAAUGUCAGGAGCCAUUGUGGCCCAGCGAGGACCAGGCCGAUGUGCAGCCACUAUGCGGCAGGCCAGGCGGCUGUCGAACCCAUGUAUACAGAGGUAUACAUCCCGAAAUGGCAAAUGCAGCACAGAGUAAAAUCGGACACUGAAAUACUAACAUUCCAGAAAUGAGCACUACCAAGCACUCCUCCUCCCUCCAUCAUUAGUGCCACUCCUGCUAUUAGCGCUGCUGUUUCUCCAGCUGCUGCUGCUGCUGCCGC